AUGAGCAUGUUGUUAUCCGCGGUCAAUUGGGUGUACAGCCAUUUGAAGUUAUCGGACGUGGCUUUAGCCCUAGUAGGGUUUUUUCUUCUUAGUUACUUGCGCGAGAAGCUAGUGAGCAAAGGCGGGCCAGUGAUGUGGCCAGUGUUGGGGAUCACACCGAUGUUAGUCCUAAACAAAAACGAUCUGUUUGGUUGGUGCACCAAAUGGGUGGUCAGAGCGGGUGGAACGUUUCAUUACAGAGGAGUUUGGUUCGGUGGAUUAUACGGUAUCAUGACCGCAGAUCCUGCAAACAUCGAACACAUUCUCAAAACCAAUUUCAAAAACUACCCCAAGGGCGAGUUUUAUAGAGAGAGGUUUAGUGAUCUUCUUGAAGAUGGAAUCUUUAACGCCGAUGAUGAACUGUGGAAGGAAGAGAGACGUGUGGCUAAAACGGAGAUGCAUACUUCUCGUUUCUUGGAACACACGUUUACUACGAUUCGAGAUUUGGUGGAGCAGAAGCUGGUGAAGCUGAUGGAGAAUAUGACUACUUCGAAAAGAGUCUUUGAUCUACAAGAUGUGCUCCUGCGUUUCACAUUUGACAACAUCUGUAUCUCUGCCUUUGGGGUUGAUCCGGGAUCGUUAGAGAUCGACUUACCGGAGAUUCCUUUCGCUAAGGCUUUUGAAGACGCCACGGAGUACUCACUUGCUAGGUUUCUGUUGCCUCCUUUUGUGUGGAAGCCCAUGAGGUUUCUAGGGAUUGGGUAUGAGAGAAAGCUGAAGAAAGCGAUCACAAUCGUUCACGCGUUUGCGAAUAAGACAGUGAGAGAGAGGAGGAACAAGAUGAGGAAGCUCGGGAGCUUGAACGAUUCCUCCGAUAUCUUGUCACGCCUUAUGCAGAGAGAGUACGAGAAAGAAGAAGAUACCACAAGAGGAAACUACUUUUCAGACAAGUACUUCAGAGAGUUCUGCACAAGUUUCAUCAUCGCAGGUCGAGACACCACAUCGGUGGCCCUCGUGUGGUUCUUCUGGCUAGUUCAGAAACAUCCCCAAGUCGAGAAGAGAAUCCUAAGCGAAAUCAGAGAGAUUCGUGGGAAACGUACAAGGCAAGAAACAUGUGACUGGUUCGAGGUAGAAGAGCUUAAGGAAAUGGUGUAUCUGCAAGCUGCUUUGACAGAGUCACUGAGGCUUUACCCUUCGGUGCCAAUGGAGAUGAAACAAGCUUUGGAUGACGACGUGUGGCCCGACGGGACGAGGGUGAAGAAAGGCGCUAGGGUUUACUACUCGGUCUUUUCGAUGGGGAGAAUAGAAUCGAUUUGGGGUAAAGAUUGUGAAGAUUACAAACCAGAGAGAUGGAUCAAAGAAGGAAGAAUUGUGAGUGGAGAUCAGUUCAAGUACGUCGUGUUCAAUGCAGGUCCGAGACUGUGCGUUGGGAAGAAGUUUGCGUAUACUCAGAUGAAAAUGGUGGCUGCUGCAAUCUUGAUGAGGUAUUCAGUCAAAGUCGUUGAAGGACAGACUAUUAUUCCAAAGCUCACCACCACAUUGUACAUGAAGAAUGGUAUGCGUGUUACCCUCCUGCCCCGCGACUGGUAA